UGUGUAAAUUUGCGGUUUUUCGGUGUAAAUACAAACUCAGAACUUUCUCAGACCGAGAGAACUCUCGGUGUUUCGCCUCUUCUCACGUCGUGUUGUUGUUGUUGUUGUUUGUUUGUUUACUGAGAUGAGCCUCCCUCCGUGAGUCCUCCUCCGGUUCAUUUAUCGCCUCCAGCCUCCGGUCCCUCCGCCGGGAGAUGAAGCCCCAGUAGCGCAGGGGGGACACCGGAACGGAGCCGUAUCGAGCCGAACGGACCCGGUCCCCGUGAGAACCAGUCUGGAAGCCCCGCCGACGGGGAAGAUGAGAAGAUGAAGCCGCUGCUGUGGAUUCUGGUCUUUCUGCUGCGGAGUCCGGCGGGAAGCUGCGGGACCGGUGUGGUGUUCACCAAGCACCCGUCCAACCAGACGGUGUCUCAGGGGAACGAGGUGAGGCUGGGCUGUGCUGUGGAGGGCGUCACGGAGCCCGACAUCAUGUGGAUGAAGGACGGGGAGAAGCUCUACAGCACUGACCAGGUGUUCCUCACGCUGGGAGAGCAGCACUGGGAGACCUCGCACAGUGUGAGGUCGGUCCAGCAGCAUGAUGCGGGUCAGUACUGGUGUGAGGUGGAGUUCCACGGCCUGACGUUCUCCUCUGAACGAGCCUGGAUCACAGUGGAAGGUGUUCCUCACUUCAUCCAGGAACCUCAGGACGUAGCGACGUUCCCCAACGCCGCCUUCAACCUCACCUGUGCAGCCGUCGGACCUCCAGAACCGGUGGAGGUUCUGUGGUGGCUGGGAGGAGUCCAGGAGGGAGAACCACGACCGUCACCCUCCGUCCUCCACGUCUCAGGUGUGAACAGCAGCGUGAAGUUUUACUGCGAAGCGAAGAACGCCAGAGGAAUCUCCGUGUCCAGAACCGGGACGGUCCACAUCAAAGUGCUGCCGGCGGCUCCAGUCGGCCUGCAGGUCCUCGGGAUGCUGGACAACAAUGUCACACUGUCAUGGCAACCGGGGUUCACGGGUCACUCUGAGCUGACCACCUGCGUCGUCCAGGUGUCGAGGCGUUCAUCUCGGAGGUGGGAUCUCCCCCCGCAGGAGGUCCAGGUUCCUCCUCACCUCCAUGUUCUGUCAGGUCUGAGGAGUCACUCCAACUACAGCGUCAGAGUUUCCUGUGUGAAUGAAGUCGGGGCGUCUCCGUUCUCUCCGUGGAUGCACUUCCUCACACCUGAGUCAGUUCCCUCGGCGGCCCCCAGGAACCUGACGUUUGACCUGUCGGAGCAGCAGCUGGCUCUGAACUGGGCCAAGCUGCAGGACGACGAGCUGCAGGGAAAGCUGCUGGCCUACAAGGUGCAGUGGACUCUGGGAGGAGAAGCUCAGGAGCCGCUGCUGUUUAAGGAGAACUCGGCGCAGCUCUCAGGAGGAGGACGGUUCUUCAACGCCUCCUUCCAGGUGUCGGCCUGCACAGCGGUGGGCUGUGGUCCAUGGAGCGCCCCGGUUCUGGUGCUGCCCGCCUCAGUGCAGCUCCAGGUCCAGAGGAGCCACAUGUGGGUCGGUCUUCUGCUCGGCCUCCUGGUGGCGACCAUCGUCGGUCUGCUGCUGACUGUUGUCGCUCAGCGUCGAGGGAAGGAAACGCAGUUCGGGUCGGUCUUUAAGACUCCGGGUCCUGAGAGUUCGGUUUCCUUCACUGCAGCUCGAUCCUUCAGCCGGAGUGCCGCUGAUCAGGAGAACACCUUGGACAGUUUGGGAAUCAACGAUGAGCUGAAGAACAAACUGCAGGACGUCCUGAUUCCAGAGAGGCUGCUGACGCUGGGACACAUGCUGGGAAAAGGUGAGUUUGGUUCGGUGCGUGAAGCUUUUCUGAAGAGUGAAGACUCGUCUGUCCAGAAGGUGGCGGUAAAAGUUCUGAAAUCUGACAUCACCUCGUCAGGUGACAUUGAACAGUGUCUGAAGGAGGCGGCCUACAUGAAGGACUUCCACCAUCCCAACGUCAUCCAGCUCAUCGGAGUGAGUCUCCACCGUCGUCCGAGCCAGCGGCUGCCGAUCCCGAUGGUGGUCCUGCCGUUCAUGAAGCAUGGAGAUCUCCACACCUUCCUGCUGCUGUCCAGGCUGGGAGAUCAGCCAUUUGACCUGUCUCUGCAGACUCUGGUCCAGUUCAUGCUGGACAUCUCCAGGGGGAUGGAGUACCUGAGCAGCAGGAACAUCAUCCACAGAGACCUGGCCGCCAGAAACUGCAUGCUGAAUGAGAACAUGACGGUGUGUGUUGCCGACUUCGGUUUGUCCAAGAAGAUCUACAGCGGAGAUUAUUACCGUCAGGGCUCCGUCUCCAAGCUGCCCGUUAAAUGGAUCGCUUUGGAGAGUCUGGCCGACAACGUCUACACAACUCAGAGUGACGUGUGGGCGUUUGGCGUGACCAUGUGGGAGAUCAUGACUCGAGGUCAGACUCCGUAUCCUGGAGUGGAAAACUCAGAGAUCUACGAGUUCCUGAUUAAAGGAGAACGACUGAAGAAACCAGCAGACUGUAGAGACGACAUAUAUGAGAUCAUGCACAGCUGCUGGAGUCCGGUCCCUAAAUGUCGUCCCAGUUUCCAGCACCUGGUCGACCAGUUGGAGGCGCUGUGGCUCAGUUUGUCUCCUGCCCCGCCGUCCAAGGAGCCUCUCCUGUACGUCAACCUGGAGGGGGAGGAGGGGGAGUCUGGGAGAGGGGGUGGGGCUAUGGGAACCCGGGCCUUGGGGCCGGAGGAGGCGCCGUCCAGCUGGAGCGUCCCCUGGCAGCGGCGGCCAGAGGACGAGGAGACGGACUGGCUGAUGGUGGGGUCGGGGGCGGCGCUCGCUAUUGGUGGAGAUUACCGUUACAUCAUCAGCCCAGCGGGACCCUCUGAGGAGGGGGAGGAGGGGGAGGGCAGCAGGGGGAGGAGGAGGGAGUCGAUGGACACGUUAGAGGACGAGGUCAGAGACGACGAGGACGACGCCGUCAUCAACGUCUGACCAAUCAUGGCGCUCCUCCUGCUCCCCUCAAACCUCAUUGGACCAGAGCUCAGGCAGAAGGCGGGUCUAGACGAACCUCCAGCCAAUCAGGACCAGAACUUCCACCUGCUGUCUCCUCAGCGCCACCAGCCGAUCGAUCAAUCAGCUGACCGAUCAGAAACUGCAUUUCCUGGUUUUAGACGUCAGAGUUUUAAAGUUUUUAAUGGAUGAAAUAAACUUUCUGGCGCCUCUAACCUCGUUUAAACAAUCAGGAAAUAACCACAGAUUAAUCAGUAAUCCUCUGGACUGAAGAACGGAGCGGUUUAAAGACGUCACUUUGGGUCUCAGGGUUAACCCUAACCCUGAGACCCAAAGUGACUCCUUUAAAGGUCAACCCUAACCCUGAAAGACAUCACUUUGGGCUUUAGGGUCAGCUCAAAGUGACAUCUUUAAGGGUUAGGGUUCAGGUCGUCCCUUCAAGACGUAACUUUGGGUCUUUGUUACACUAAAGAUGAUUAAUGAUGAAACAGAUCAGCAGAUUGAAGCUAACAGUAGGGGGCGCCGUGAUGACGCAAAAACACCUCAAGUUUAAAUGUUUUGUUUUUGUUUUUCUCUUCAGACUUUCCUGUUUUUACAUCAACAAGCCGUUAAAACUGCAGGAAACUAUUGUUUUAUUUUAUUAGGACUUCACUGUUUGUCGUUUUGGAGACAUUUUAGCCAAGAAAAGCAACAAAACACUUUUAUUUUUACACUUCUCAUUUUUAAAACCACUGAAAUGUGAUUCUUCUAAUGGUUUCCAGUUAAUUAUCUGUUAAUCGAUUAAUCGACUGAUCGCUGCACCUCAUUAAUAUUUACUUUAAAAAUCCUCAAUGUGGUUUCAGUCAUGUGUUUGAAAUGGACGACACCUGUUGGCUGCUUGAAGAGGCUCCGCCCUCUAUGAACAGACCCACUGUGUCUCUGCCUGAGCAGGUGAGGAAACAGCGCCUCACCUGGCCGACAGGUGAACUGCAGCUGUUACUAAACUGAGUCUUUCCUGCUGUAAUAAACAGAUAAUAAAGGUGAGUUUUGGGGGGUUUUAGGUGUGUCUUCUUCCUGACUUACCUGUCGGUUGCCGUGGAAACAGGGAGAGAGUUUUAAAGUGGGUGGAAGGUGAAAUCCUGGCUGUUGUUUGUUUAUAUUUCCAAUAAAGUUGUUGUUUCGCUGUU